AUGAAUAGAAAGCAGCCACCUAAGUCUGCUAUUAAGCAGCAUAAUCAGACCAUAAUAAUUAAACUAUACCAAUAUUUUCGAUUAUCUUCUGCAUUCCUUUACUGCACGCUUUUAGCGCGUUGGCUUAUUCUAUAUCCUUUAGUGGGAAACAAAUGGCUUCCAGGUGGGAUACACGAAUAUUUGAUAUACUUAUUACUUUACAGUUUUACUUUUGAGCUUGUUUGGCAGUUAAAGUUCUUUGGGUUUUACCGGUUAUUGACUUCAAGAUCUACUCUAAAAUGUAUAAAUUUCCUAUAUUUCGUCAUCUCCAUGCACUUUUACGAUGAUUAUGAACAUGCAGUUGCAUUGAAGAAUAUUAGUUACUCAGGAUUCAUUGUUGGAUUAGGGUUCAACCAGGCCUACUAUCAUUGUAAGCGGUUGUUUAAGCAAAGAGCUCGAAAGAGUAACCGGUUUUGGUUGAAAGCUAACACAUUUGUUUGGCUGCCCUUGUUAUACAUAAGCGAAUUUUACUUAUUGCUGCUAAAUAUCCAGAAUCCAAAUUUCCAUUCAAUUCCAAUACAUGAUAUUAUCAACAAGAUUGUGUUAGUGGGAUUCAUUCCGAUUUCUUUACAAUGUUACAAAAUGGAAAUAUCAUCUUUAUGA